UAAGUAACUCUGGGAGAAUAAGUAGUAAACUAUAAGAGUGGUUGCCUUUCCAGAGAGAAAGUGUGCAAGGUAGGUGGUGUGGCAGAUGCUGUUGGGUAAAUACCCAAUAACUAUUCAACCACCCUACCUAUUCCUUGCCAACAGGAUUUUAAAUCUGUUGACUGGCAAUAGGUUCCAAUCCAGGAGAUUCAGGAGGAUUGGUUUAAGCUAGUCUUGGUGAUCCCAUUUCUAUUAUCCAGAUACUUAAUUUUUCAGUCUUUCUUGAAACUAGAGAUGGCAAUGUGACAUUUAUCAUGUGAGAAAUAUAAUGAGCAUCAGAGAAGUUAAUGAUGUGAGUCUUAUAAUUUUCACUUGUUUAUUCCAACAUCAAGUGAAUACAAGAACUUAUGAAUGCUUAUUGAAUGCUCAGGAUUUUCUUAAAACCUCUAAAUUCUAUGAUAAAUAAUUGACCACUGUGACAAUAGAACAUAGGUCAUUAAAGUGCAUUCCAUUGCAAUAAGCUGGCAGGAGUUCAGACAGUUCUCUGAGAAUCUGCUUAACCGUGUAGAUUAAAUGGCAAUAUAUUUUCUAUAAUGAAACUUCAAAAUGAGAAGGAAUUGACUAUUGACAAUCAUGGGAUAACUACCUAGGCACUCAGCAUCUCGAUGAAAACUGUUGGAAAAGAAAAACUUUCAGAGUCAUUCUGUUCUCAGAGUACCCAAGCCAACUAAACUGGUACAGUGAACACUUUUGUUAGAUGCCAGAAGCCAAAAAAUGUAGCACUUCCUGGACUGCCUUUUAGCAGGCCUUCAAGCCAAUUUAGUGGUUGAUAUUAAUACCGUAGAAUUUUCAGAGUAAAAAGCUACAAUAGUAGGAUAUUUACACUUCUCUAUCACUAUCAUUCUUGUUAGUCUCUUUUAGUAAUCCUUGAAGAGUUGCAAUCUCUCCUACAUGUGGCAUUAAAGCUAUAGUUCUUUCUUGAACUUUGUGGGCUAUCAUUCUUGCAAAAUAAAAAAUGAAUGCUCUGUAGAUUGUGACUGCAAGUAUGUUUGAAUUGUCUCCUGGAUGUAAAUAUUUUUACAUUGUUUUUUAGUACUACUGACACAGUAGAUAUGCACAUUUUAUAAAACACCAUCAUGCUUUGGGAGGAUUGGUAGUUAUCUCAGACUACCAAAUUUAUAAGUAGGGAUAGUUUAUUCAGCCUAUGACUAUUUCAUUUUCUUUAUGUCCCCUUCUGAUUUAUUGGCAUCUCUUAGUUUGCUUAGUAAUCAUAUGCUUAGUAUAAAUAUAAUGACAUGUUGAUCUUCACAUCUACAUUAUUUGCUCUAGUAAGUGCUCUCCUUUAAGAUAUUUGAUGGAUUGAACUUGAGAGUACCUGUCCAACUUGGGUGUUGUGGUGGAGAGUAAAUAGCAAAAGGAAGGUUCAGAGAUUCUGUAUACUAACUAGAGAGACAAGCUUAAAUUUAACAUCUACACUACCAUUUCUCUAAUAUCUAGUAGUUGGAAAAAACAGCAGAAACAAAAUUUUAGUCACUUUGUUUUUCAAGUGCUUCCACAAGAUCAGAUUAACUGUCUCCAUAAAUGACUAACAUAAAUUUUAAGCUUCUUUCAGUACUGUAAAUAUAGAAGAGUUAUAUGGAACCAGAGAAAUCUAGGUUUUUUUCCCCUUCAUUACUUGGAUCUGUAUGUAAUCUGAAAUAGCAUAUUAUAUGGAGUGUGGGGCAUAGUAUCAUGUGUGACUUUGAAGGAUCUGAGAGUCAGUGGAGGAAAUCAGUCCUUUUCAUGCUGCUCUGACCUUUCUGUUUUGGAGUACAUUACUGGAAACUUAGAAAACAAAUGAAGGGAGUUUUGGUAAGGAACUGGCAGGGUUAAUGUCUGAAAAUGAUGAUUGAAAACUGGAAUCUGCAGUUAAUUGGGGCACAAUUAUGGGAAGGGAGAUACACAUAAAUAAUAGCAUAAUAGAAUUUGUUACUGAAAUCCAAGAAAAGUAGGAUGAGGAAUAAGAUCUCUGGAUUCUUGAUGUUCCAUUUGACAGUACUUUGGAUAAGUUUCACAGGGUUGAGAUCACUUAUCUAUAUUUUAUUUGUCAUAGGAAGUAACUUUGGCCUAUAAAGAAGGAGUAGAGACUCUUUAGUAGAAGAACAUUUAUGCCAAUAAUUUCUCUGAUUUAGUGCCAAAAGCUUUUUGAGAGGAUAUUCAAAGUUGUGUCAAUCUAAAUUUCAUUGUUGAAAACUGACAGCUGCUAUAUUUCUUAUUAAUGAUUGAUUAAAGCUCUUUCUUUUAUUUUUCCUCUAUUGCUAAAUUCCUAAAGUUAGAAGAGUGUUUAUGAUAGUAUUAGGAGAUAAAAGGUUUAUUCUAUGGGUUGGAUAAUGCUUCUUUUGUGACAUUUUCUUUUCCCACCAAAAGUGAGAAGUGAAUGUCUUGCCGUGGCGCAUCCCAUUUCUAAUGGAGGACAAGAAGUUAUUUUCUUCAGUGGCUGACUUCCAGAAUUUCUGGCUGAAUGUUCUUUGUCAAGUGUAUAUUCCCUUCUCUAGGCCUUUCUAUAUAGAGCCCACAAACAUCGUCAAUGUGAAUAAUGUCAUUCAGAGGGUUAGUGACCAUGCCUCUGCCAUGAACAAGAGGAUUCAUUACUACAGCCGGCUCACCACUCCUGCAGACAAGGCACUGAUUGCUCCGGAUCAUGUGGUUCCAGCUCCAGGAGAGUGUUAUGUGUAUAGCCCAUUGGGUUCUGCUUAUAAACUUCAAAGUUACACUGAAGGACAUGGUAAAAACACCAGUUUAGUAACCAUUUUUAUGAUUUGGAAUACCAUGAUGGGAACAUCUAUACUAAGUAUUCCUUGGGGCAUAAAACAGGCUGGCUUUACUACUGGACUGUGUGUCAUCAUGCUCAUGGGCAUUUUAACACUUUAUUGCGGCUACAGAGUCGUGAAAUCACGAGCUAUGAUACCAUCUGUGGAUACCACUACCUGGGAAUAUCCAGAUGUCUGCAGAUACUAUUUUGGCUCCUUUGGACAGUGGUCAAGUCUCCUUUUCUCCUUGGUGUCUCUUAUUGGAGCAAUGAUAGUUUAUUGGGUGCUUAUGUCUAAUUUUCUCUUUAAUACUGGAAAAUUUAUUUUUAAUUUUAUUCAUCACAUUAAUGAGACAGAUGCUGUACUGAGUACCAAUGAUAGCAACCCAGUGAUUUGUCCAAGUGCUGGGAGUGGUGGCCAUCCUGACAAUGGCUCUAUGAUUUUCUAUGCCAAUGACACAGGACUGCAGCAGUUCGAAAAGUGGUGGAAUAAGUCUAAGACAGUGCCCUUGUACCUCGUAGGGCUCCUGCUGCCACUGCUCAAUUUCAAAUCUCCUUCAUUUUUUUCAAGAUUUAAUAUCCUAGGCACAGUAUCUGUUCUCUAUUUGAUUUUCCUUGUCACCUUGAAGGCAAUUCGCUUGGGAUUUCAUUUGGAAUUUCAUUGGUUUAUGCAAACAGAAUAUUUUGUACCAGAGAUAAGAUUUCAGUUUCCACAGCUGACUGGAGUGCUUACCCUUGCUUUCUUUAUUCAUAAUUGUAUUAUCACACUCUUGAAGAACAACAAGAACCAAGAAAACAAUGUGAGGGACUUGUCCCUUGCUUAUAUGCUGGUGACAUUAACCUACCUCUAUAUUGGAGUCCUGGUUUUUGCUUCAUUUCCUUCACCACCAUUAACCAAAGAUUGCAUAGAGCAGAAUUUUUUAGACAACUUCCCUAGCAGUGACAUCCUGUCCUUCAUUGCAAGGAUAUUCCUGCUGUUCCAGAUGAUGACUGUAUACCCACUCCUAGGCUAUUUGGCUCGAGUUCAGCUAUUGGGCCAUAUCUUCGGUGACAUUUAUCCUAGCAUUUUCCACGUGCUGAUUCUUAAUCUAAUUAUUGUGGGAGCUGGAGUAAUCAUGGCCUGUUUCUACCCAAACAUAGGAGGAAUCAUAAGGUAUUCAGGAGCAGCAUGUGGCCUGGCCUUUGUAUUCAUAUACCCAUCUCUCAUCUAUAUAAUUUCCCUCCACCAAGAAGACCGUCUGACAUGGCCGAAAUUAAUCUUUCACAUUUUUAUCAUCAUUUUGGGUCUGGCCAACUUGAUUGUUCAGUUUUUUAUGUGAAAUACUCAAUGUUUUCUCAAGAUCUUUCAUGGUAUUUUGAACUUUGACAACAGUUCCACAUAAAUUCACUUUAAAUGGUGUUAUUGCUGUAAUUCUAAAUGUUUUCCAAAGAUAAUUUGGAGGAAAAAAGGGAAACAGAGGUCCAUUAAUAAGUAAUUUUGAUUAGAGUAUAAAAAGAGGACAAUGAUCUUUAUCUCUUUUCAUAUUUACCACCCCUUCAUUCUCACUGUCUUUUCUGAGUAGAAGUAUAAGCCUUUAUGAAAAAUCAUGCUGGUUUUUGCUGUUAUAGAUUUAAAGUGCAUGGGUUUAUUUUGACUACAGUACAGAGUCUCAGGGUGUCACAGCAACUAUUGCCAGAUGCUAUUUCUGUUUUAUGUUUCAGUGUAUUCCCCUUUGUUUUAUUACUUGCUAGAUCAUUUCUCCAGUUUGUCCAAACAUUUACUGUUUGGGACAGUAAACCAAAUACCUCAUUUUUAAAAAAGAAAUUUCCAUGGCAUCAGUGUUAAUAGAGUGAACUCUUAACUGCAUCCUUAAUCUCUAUUUGAAAGAGAGAAAGAAUGUCAGUAUAUAGAUAGGCUCUGUGAUCAUGAAACUUACAUAAAAUAAAAGAAAUGGGAGAGUUUA